UACGAACGGGAUCCCGAUGCCCAUGGCGGCCUCGGUUCUUCUCGCCGCACCGGCUCCUCUUCUCGCCGCGUCACAUCCACGGCCCACGGGCGAACCCGCCGCCUCCCGCACCGUGCCUGCGAGCGCCCGCUUCUCCUCUCCGGGUCUCCUCUGUUCUCCGCGAUUCCUCCGCCGCCCCGGCAAUAACCCACUUGAUCCUGCAGAAACCCCUCACGCGAUCCACGCCAAUUCAGCCACCGCCGAUGUAGGGUCUCGCCCCGCCCACCUCUAUCUCCAUACACCGGCACCUGUCGGUCGGGUCCAGGCCCGGGCCUCCAACUCCGUCAGGUUCUCGCUCCAUGCCGCAGAGUGCCUCCAGGCGUCGUUCCACGCCGACCUGCCGGCGCCGUCCAAGAAGCCCACCACCAUUGCCGUCCCUAGGCACGCUGCGGCGCCGCGCAAGUCUGGCGGCGGCGGCAAGAAGCAGCUCAACCUGUUCCAGCGCGCGGCGGCGACCGCGAUAGACGCGUUCGAGGAGGGGUUCGUGGCCAACGUCAUCGAGCGGCCCCACGGGCAACCCAGCACGGCCGACCCGGCCGUGCAGAUCGCCGGCAACUUCGCGCCCAUCGGGGAGAGGCCGCCCGUGCGCGGGCUCCCCGUCUCCGGCCGCAUCCCGCCCUCCAUCAGCGGCAUCUACGCGCGCAACGGCGCGAACCCCUGCUUUGACCCCGUCGCUGGGCACCACCUCUUCGACGGCUCUGCCUCAAAGUUGCAGCCCGCUACACUGGAGCUCUGUUCAGUCGCACCCCUCGGGCCCCAACCACGGCAGCGAAGCCGUCCUCACCGGUCCCCUCCUCCUUCCCCUCCCGCAGUCCAGCAAGCAGCAGCAUGACCCUCUCCCUGGCGUCUCCAACUACCUUGGGCAUCGCCAUCGCCCUCAACGGUGAACCCGCCCAACGAGGCAUGGCCGCCGGAUCAGGUGCGGCCCGACCACCGGCUAAUCAGCUGCCCUUCCGCGAUGGCAACGCCCGGUACCAUCGCCCUCGACGGCGAGCCCGCCCAGCUAGGAGUGGCCUCCAGAUCAGGUGCGACUCGGUCGUUGGAGAAAGUAAUGUUAUUUGAUACAGGUUUACUCACCGCCACAGACCCAUACUCGCCCCUAAGAGCAGGAAGUGACUUGUUACGAGGCAAACACUUGAGACCUAUCACUGCAAAUAGUGCAAGCAGUGUACCAGCAGAUAUAAUCUUCAAGGCGUCAUUUCUGGAAUCAUGGAUAGCGUCGCAACACUUCCUUGGGCGAGUUUUUCAAGAGAUUUCUCAAGAUCAUCACUUGGGGUAUCCUUGCCUUACAUGUCUAGCUGUUCUAUCAAUGGGAAAACCUUACUGAAAGCUUGAAGAGCACUUGAUUUUACAGUACCAAGCGCAUCAGCCACGACCCCUUGAUUUCUAGCUGUUCUAUCAAUGGGCAAACACUUGAUUUCUG